ACUCUCUUGUGGUCUUUUAUUACUUUGAAGGUCCCCUGCAGCAGGAGCGAGCCUCGAUUCCUUCACGUUCAAUCAAAUCCCUGCCACUACCCCAACCUUUGCACGUCGAGCAACCGCAUCCAUCGCCUGGUGGCCGGCCCGCUGCUCCAUAUCGAACGAAGCUUGUGAGUCUUCUUGCAACUAUUGGAUCCGGCGGUAGCAGGGGAACAAAAGUCCUUGCUCCACCGGCCGCCAUUGAGGACAUCUCGGGGACACCCAUUUGAAAUAUUAGAGAUAAAAAGAUUAUUCAAGAAAGGAAAGGGGGAAAGAGAGAGAGAGAGCAGGUCUUCUGGCUGCCUUUACACGAACCACACUGACUUUCUUCUUGCUCAGCAAUCCUUUGGUGUCUUGUCCAGUCUGGCUAGCGUUCCGCGUUACCGGCGACAGCAAAGACCAGGUGUGUGUGAGAAUAUCACAAGGAGGGGGAAGAACAACCGGCACGUUUGAAGAAGGAAACAGAAUGGCCUCCAACACCACCACCACCACCACUAAUACUGCGGCUCCUAUGCCGGUGGUCACUUGCGGUGCGCACGAGGCCGUGGGGAAGGCCGUCAUCGCGGGGCUCAAGCCCGAGUAUGAAGUGAUUCUAUUCUGCCAAGGCGCCACAGCCCUGGCAAAGGAACUCCCACUCCUGCUCUCCUCCCCCGCGACUUUUACUCCGGAGAGCAGCACCAUCGGCUCGGGCAACUUCUCCUCGCCACCCCGGGCGGUAAUCUUUGGCGGGGCCUGGGGACCCGAGGACAUUGCGCAGGUCCAGGGAGCGCUUGCUGCUGCUGCUGCCAGUGGUGGUGGUGGUGGUGGUGGUGGUGCUGAGGCUACCACCAUCGGCCAGCUGCUGGACGAGCUCGUCAUCCUCCGCAACGACACGGGCAUAAAGCCAGCGCCCGUCACGCAGCCGGACGGCACGGUCGUGCCCGUGGUGCCGGGCUCUCCGGAGUACAGCGAGCACGUCACCGGGCGGGUGAGGGCGGCGCUGGGAAAGUUGGCCAGCGAGGGGAAAGGGGCGCUGGCAAAGGUCGAGGGGAGCAAUGGGGUCUAUUGGUACUGAAGCGAUUUCCCCGCCUCGGUAGAUGGGCUGACCGCCAUCCAGAAUAUCGAGCGUGGGCUUAUUUUAUUCCUUAUACUUUUUAUUUCAUUUUUUUCAACGCAUGGGCAACAAGAGUUGAGUCAUGGCUGGUGGAAUAUUGUUGGAUCCCUUGUAGUUAGGCCAUGGGUUUGCGGGAAACAAAAGACCAACUUGCAAGGACGACAAGGUCAAUCAAGCCCGCCAGGUCAAUAAGAGUCAUCUCAAGUAUUAGCGCCAGAUACAGUCGGAUCACAAGAUGUUUGGAAUUGUUGCCUACAACUUCUAAC